GUUCUAUGAUAAAAAGACAGUCAGCGGUCAUACUCUGUAGGAACAUGUCGAAUGGAAACUGUGAACCUUUAUCCUUUAAUAAGUAGUAGAGCACCUUAAGACCAUAAUUGAGAUCACUUCCGCUUCUCGAAGUUGCCAUGGCAGCACUUUCAAACAAAAGAUGGAGCUUAACACAGCCGAGCGCUUUUACGAUUUCCUCACUAACUUUAAAGACUAUCAAGAUUAUCUGGACUCGAAAAUCACUCCAACGGAUUUAUUUUAUUUAAAAAGCAGGGAGUUGGCCCGCGAGCUGGUGGAGCACAGCCACAAGGGCAUGAUCCUGAGCAGGGAGGAAUUCGAGGAGAGGAAAGCAGCUGCAGAGGCUGCAAAGACUGAACAGAGCAGCGUUUUCUACAGCAGGAGCCGCCCAAAGACACUGGCAAGUGCAGGAAAGGAGCUCAAGGAUAACUUCCUGAAGGCCCUGGCAGAGCGAGAAGAGGCCAACCGCACUGGGAAAAUGACUUCGGUCAUUUUCAUAAGGGAUUAUAAUACUCUUGGACAGGAGGUAUCUGGAUAUAUAGACUACGCCCACAGGCUCAAGACACAAGAUUUUGAACCAUAUUUCUGUGGAAAGAAAAGGCUCAUGCCAGGACCCUCAGAUUUAUGUUUCUCACCUUGUGUUCAUCCCAAACACCCAUCUUGUGGCCCUGAACUCUUCCUCCUCCCCAACAACCCGUAGGCGUGAGUCACUGGACGAGUAUGCCUGGAGGUGCAACCGACUCCCUAAUGACGCUUUUAUGAGGCUUCCCCCCUCAUCAGGUCUCCCUUCCCUCCCAUUGGGGUGACACAUGCCUUCACACGCCGCCUCAGUCUCCAGCUUGAUCAGAUUUACACAUCUCUCUCUCCGUCUUUAUUUUUUAACUUCUCGUAGCUCAUGUGUCAUUCUCCGCUAUCUGCUCUUCCUCCUCCGCCCGUCUCAGCCUCCCCCCGUGACUUUUUUGGUCUCUGUCGGGAACAAUAACACACAGUGUGGUUGCCGCUAAGAGGGAGCAGAUGCUGGAGCUGCUGCCCACUCGGUGCACUAAACCUCCCACCGCAGGACUCUGAAUCCCGUCCCUCCAACUCCUCCUCCUCCUCCACAGCCACAGUGACACCAGCGCCAGCUCCUGCCUACACA